UGUAGCCUGUAGGAUUGAAUGACUAUUUUUUAUUUUGGAACUUUUAAAACAUGUAAUCAAAAUGCACUUGUUAAGCUAUGGGGAACAGCAAUCAGAAAAAUCCCCUAAGAAAAGCCCAAUCGGUUCCAGAAUCCCAGUUUUUACAAGAAACAAAUCCUGAUUUUGUAAGAAGUAAAACAAGAGCAUCAGCUCGACUGAGUCGUGGAAAGUCACAUGAACAAUUAGAGAAUGAUUCCUCCGCUCCAGACAAACCCAAGUGGAAUAAUGUUCCAUUGGUGGAAGCCUUGUUCUUGCCAGAUUUUCCAGUACGAGGAGAUUUUAAACAACAAGAGUUUGAGGUUAUUGAUGUUAUAGCUAAGGGAGCCUAUGGUAAUGUGUAUUUGGUUCGGAGGGAAGAUGAAAAACAGAACUAUGCAGUUAAAGUUAUGGGAAAAACUCAGAUUAUUGUAGAGAAUGCUAUACAGCAGUGUAAAGAUGAGGCAGCAAUCCAGGCAAUGCUUGGUGAUCAUCCAUUUAUUGUAAAGCUUCAUGAGUACUGGCAGUCUCGUAAAUUUUUAUAUAUAGUAUUAGAUUAUGUGCCAUUUGGAGACAUGUUUACAUUGUGGACAUUCCAUGGAUAUUUUCCUCAACCUUUAGUUAAGAUUUAUGUUUCACAAUUAGCUUUAGUAUUAGAUUAUUUACAUAAUGCAGGAGUUAUUUAUAGAGAUCUGAAGAUGGAGAAUAUUCUGUUUGAUCAGGAAGGCAAUAUACAGUUGACAGAUUUUGGAUUGUCUAAAUGGUUAACAAAAGGAGAGAAAACACGGACGAUAUGUGGCACUCUUCAGUAUAUGGCUCCUGAAGUGCUAGUCUCCCAUCCUUAUGGUCACACAGCAGAUUGGUGGUCACUUGGUAUAUUAAUGUUUGUCAUGUUAGCUGGCAAGUAUCCAGCAGAGGGCGCUCUUGACCACAUGGAGAUGACUAAGUUAGUUUGGGAAUGUGAUUAUUUACUCCCUAACCACUGUAGUGAUUCAGCUCAGGAAGUUGUCAGCAAAUUAUUGAUAAAAAGUCCUGAAAAGAGGAUGACAGAUCUAUCUGCUUUACAAAACCUUGCAUUUUAUAAAGGCAUUAAUUUUACUGCUGUCAUUGAGAAAAAGAUCUCACCAAAGCAAUCAGUCCCUGUUGACUUUUUCCCUAUGUCAGGUGUUAGUUUUAGCUAUUCUCCAAAUACUGACCCGAGCUCUGCUUAUCUAGUGAAUGGUAAAGAUCCAUUUGCAGGGUUUGAUUGUGUAUGGAAUCUACCUCCAGAUGCAGAAGAAGCUGUGUAUGUAUGACACAUGUCAGUCAUGUGACCAUCUCUAUUCAAGUCAGCUGAUCUACACUUUAGUAAUCAGAAAACAGACUAUCUUCAUAAUCAAAGAUAUAUGUACACGAGAAAGAUUUAUGUAUGCAGGAUAAAUACUAGUCUCAUAUUGUGCUAUUGCUUCAUGUAUUUAGACAAUGAGAAGUACUUUUUGACAAUCGCUUGUAUAUGAUUUGCAUAAUUUAAUCUGCAUGAUGUUUUACAGGUAUGUUAAUGUUUGAUAGAAAAUUUGUUAACAUUUCUUAUGAUGGGCAUGUUGAUUUGUUUUGCUGUGGACAUGAUUAUGAUGGUGCUAAUACUAUGUAGAGUAAGCUGACUACAGAGUAACAGUUACUCAUAAAGCUUAUAUAAAACCAGAAAUCCAGAUAUAGAAAAAAGAUUGUAUAGUUCAGAAUAUUUCUGUAAAAAUACGAUGUUCAAGGAUGUGGGAAAAUCUUUUAAUGAUUUCUUCGAGUGCAGAAAGCUGGGUUAUUUUAUUUGAUUUUGUACAAUAACAUUAAAACUUUACUGUACUGUGAAAGGCUGCAACUUAAAAUCACAAUCCAUGUUUUAUAUAUAGAGACAGGUGUUACAGAAUAACAAAAAUCCUUCAUUUAAAAUGCAAAAAUAAAAAGAAGAUUUUGAAAAAUGCUUUCAAAUUAAGAUUUAUCAAAUUUCAAUAUGCAAUGUGUUCAUGUAUUCAAAAAAAAUCUUAGAAUAAGUCAUUGCAUUUGUAUAAUAAACAAACAAGAUCUGGAUCAAGAUAGUUUAAGCAAUAUAACAAAGUCAGUUUUUAGUUUUUAUUUAUUUGCAUACGAUAGAUUCUUAUACUCUAAACAAAACUGAGUAAAUUAACACUUUUGAGAUUUCCCUUGGUCAGUGGUAUCGUUGGUUAUUUCCUUAAAUCAAUAGUUAGAAACAGUUAAUAAUCAACUUAUGUUUUUUUUUAUGCAAAACAUUUGUUAUUUAUUAAAAAUAAAAUGACUAUAAUGAUAAUGUUAUGUAUGCUACAUUGUGUAUGAUGAACUUUAUAUUAAGGCAAAAUAAAGUAGUAAUUUUAAAAUAUAAUUUUAUUCUAAAGAUAGAAACAUGUACAGAUACCCAGAUACACACAUAAAUGUAAAUAAAUACAUUUUCAUAUACUGCAGAUUUAUUUUUUUUGUGGGUACCAAUUUUUGUGGAUUGAUGAAAAAUUGCAAUUUCUUGGAUAUUUGAUUUCCUGGUUUUGCCAAAGUCUGUAUACAAGCUUAUAGAAAAUUGUACUUCGUUGAAUAUCUAAAUUUUUGGUUCACCUAUAUCCACAAAAAUUUGUUUCCAACGACUAAAAAUUAAUCCACAGUAAUUGAAACUGAUCUUUAUUUAAAAUUGAUAUUAACUUUUGAUUAUAUUUGAAAAAUAUCAUAUACUUUAUACCCAAAUAAUUUUGCCAGCCAAUUUCAUGGGUAGAAAAAUAAUGUGAAUAUCUCGCAUUAUGAUUUUUAAGAUAUUCCUCAGAAAAGAAAGUAUUGAAAAGGAAUUGUGGCAAAGCUGAUUACACAGUGCUGAAAGCAAACAAAAAUUAUCUGUGAAAAUAAUUUGGUUUAAAGUAAUAAAAAUAAAUUCUAACUAAAGGGCUGGGUUUAGAGAUAUUUUAGAGCUAGUUUUCGGUGUUAAGGAUAAUGCUAGACUUUAGACAAAGGUAGUAGUGUGAUAUGAUUUUGAAAAUCCUCUGAAAUAAUUAAGUCUAUAUGUUAUCAUUUACAUUCUAGUAGACUGACUUUGAAUUCAUUUCUUAGAUUUGUCUCAUGCAUUCCAUUUAAUGCAUCAUUUAAAAAAAUAUUUCAGCAGACUAAUUCUACCCAUUUUUAAAUUUUCAAAAGAAUUUUUUUUUUUCUUGUCCACAAUGAGGUUGCACAAACAUCAAUUUAAACAUUAUAGACUUAAAUUAAUGUUUGUGCCACCCAGUCCUGAUUAAUAUAUUUCAAUGGUGUACCAGUUGAUUUGAUACUGAAUUAAAUUCCAUCCUUCUUUGAUUUUUAUACCACGUAAUAAACAUGACUGAAAUGUCCAAUAACAAUACAGAUAACUUACAUUGAGUGUUGACAGUUUAAGAAGGUUGUAAUUGGUUUUAAUUUAUUAAGCAUGAUUGAGAAUGUAUGAUGCAUAAAUGUGUUUUUAAAGCUUUCUUUGAUUUAAACAGUUAUCUUUUUAUUGUUUUUAUUGAGCUGUUUACUAAACCAGAUAUAAGUUUUUACUUACAAAUAUUCAAAUAUAUAAUGUAUGUUUUAGAUGUCUUUUUCCAUGACUGAUAAUAUGCAAAUUGUCUCUUGUUAGUAUCUUAAUGUACUGACAGUUACACUAUUCUGAUACUGAUAAAAUCCAUAAUAUUGAACUAUUUAUCAAUGCAAGCUGAAAGUCAGCUUUUUAGACAAAUCGCUAAUGUUGUUAAUGUUUAGACCCCCAAAAAUGGUCUCUAAAGAACGAUUUGAAAAAAUACAUAUUUUAACUGUCUUAGCUUUAAUGUGGCUUAGAAAAAAGUAGAUUUACUCCUGUCUGUCAACUUUGUAAAGGUCUGCUUUAAAUCUACACAAAAAAAUAUUCCAAACUUCUGUAGAUGGACAAAAAGAAAUUGGAUUGUAAUAAUUGAAAAAAAACAACAUUCCAAAGUUUAGAUUCCAUUUUACACCUUACUUUUUUGUAGCAUACAUUUAGAUAUUAUUUAUUUAUACCUACGCAUUUAACUUCCAAGUUGUGAUAUAUUUCAAACGUUAUUUCUACUUUAAUGAUAUCUUACAAUAUUUUUUUACUAUUUUACAUCUAUAUGCAAAUGUGUCUGAUUGAAUGGACUAUAUAUUAUCAAGGAUUUUAAAUUUCAUUUGGACUGACAACUUACACAUAUAAGAAAAAUGAUUACUGUAAAUUCAGAAAUUAUUGCGUGCAUUUAUUAUUGGGAUUUUUAAAGAAUGAACAAAAAUGUGAAAUUAAUUAUUCCGAUUUCAGGAAAAUCUUCAUAUAGAUAUAUGUAUCAGAUAUCAGAAUGUGAGUUCUUAUUAUUGCGAUACUCAACCAGUUGCAUUAUUCACAUUGAUAAAAACCUCGCAAUAAUUUCUGAAUUUACAGCAAUCAAAUGAAUUUUCCUAGCUUUUUACAAAGACAUAAAGGUGAAACUUGUUUUAGUCAUGCCCCAUCGGAAGAGGAAGACCCCAAUUGAUUCUGGGAUCAAUAGGUCAAAAGUUUGCCAUUAUUAUCUUUGGGAUCAUAUGUUCAACUUUUACUAAACUUGGUUUAUUAAAUGCCCUAUUGGAUGGAGAACAUCAAUAAUUUGGGCUAUAUAAGUCAAGGUUCACAGCAGCUAUUGAUAUUAUGAUUUUGAACAAUUUUUAUUUGUUUCCAGUUUUAUGUUUAAAACUAUAUGUCCGAUUUUCCCAAACUUGGAUUUGAUAUUGCAAUAUCCCGAGAUGAAAAAAAAACCCUUCAUUAUUGACCCGUGGUGCUUCUGUAAUAAGAAUUAGAUUAUUAUGAAUUGAUAGCUGAUAUAGAUUUUAAAUGAAUACACAAUAAUCAAGCUUUUUAUACAAUGAUGUAAAGAAUAGAAUUUGAAUUGCUAAUAAAAUAUGUGUACACAUAAAAAAUACUAAAUGUUUACACUUUUAUCAGUAUAUUCACAUCUGAGAUAAAGAAAAAUUUCUAUCAAAUGAAUUUUACUAUCAAUACAUCUUUUUCCAAAGAAACUUGAAUUAUUGUAGCUCUCUAGAUAUUUUCAUAUUAUAUGAGAAAAAGCAGAUGCAGUGAAGAAAUUAAUAAAACAUUUAAGUUUUGCUAGAGUUUGAAAUCAACUGAUUUUUAGUAAUCAAUUAGAUGUUUAGAAACAUUAAUUCAAGAAAAAAAAUGUUACUUCAUUUAUAAACAGGAUUUAUAAAUAGGUAAUCAGCUUUAUAAAAAAGAUGCCAUAUAGUUAUAGACAUAUAUACAGCUGUAGCUUCUUGAUAAGACAAGAAUAUAAUCACAUGUACAGUUGCUGAAAACUCUUUUUUGUUUGUGUUUUGAAUACUUGAUCUGUGGACAAUUAGAGUUUGUUUUUCAUUUUACAUUCAUCAUUUUACUCGUUAUUGAUAGAUACUACAAGAUGAUUUUCAAAUCAUAAAAUGAACAUAAAUAAAAGAGUUACAGUCUUAUAAAUAUACAUUAUUCAGAGAGGAUGCAUUCAUGAACAACAUCAAGCAAAUCUUCUUUGUAAAUUUUGAUAUUAGUUUUUAUUAUUAAUUUAAAUUGUAACUUUAAGUUAUGAUCAUUUAUUAAUGUAGUUUUUACCACUGGGAUAGUAUCACUUUUGCUAGACUAUCUCUUGGGGAACUAUCUUAGCAGUAGGCAGUGCUUUGGUACUGACAUGAUUUAAAUGAAACAUUUUGACUGCGAAUAUCUUGUUCAUAAAUAAUUAAAUUUUUCUUAAACUAAGGUUGUAAAUUUAUUAGGCAAGGUUGACAUUAGAGGGUUUUGGCCUUUUUUCAUGUUAUAGUUUUUAAAUGUUUUGUAAUUUGUCUUCAGUUUAUUUUAGAAUUUUAUAUCAUGCCCUUAGAAAUCUGUAUCAUACAGGCAUACGUACCACAUACCCAGUAACUAGUGCUUUAGUACUGUCAUGAUUCAGUUGAUACAUUUUUACUGUUAAUUUCCAGUUCAUUAACUAAGGAUUGCGACUCCUUCAGGCAAAGAUGACAUUGGACCUUUUGGCAUAUCCAUUUUUAACCGGAUUUCAAAGUAAAAAUCUUUUAUUGAUUUGGGGAUGUUCGGCAGGCGGGCGGGUGGCCAAACAGUGUUUGUUGAUUUACAUGAAAACGCUUUGAAGAAAUUUUUUCAAAUUUAGAUAUGUUGUUUCCUGUGACUAAAUGAAUCCAAAUACAAGAUGUUUAAAUUAAAAGUUGUGUCCAUACUUGCUCAAUUGUUCUGGGUUCAACCUCUACAGGCAAAUCCGGUUUACUGUCACUCGACAGCCUCUUGUUAACUUUUUUUAUUGGCUUUCUCAACUUUUGGUAUCUGGCAUACCUGAUGAAGUUUAAUGUAGAAACAGGUGUAGUGUUCAUAGAAAUCAGACGGGUAUAACACUUUUUUCAAUCUAAAAGAUUUUAUGUCAUGUAUUAACACCAAUAUUUUACAAUAUAAUAUUCAUUGUUUUAUGUAAAACAAAAAUGUAAUUUUAACUUGCUUUUUUAAGUGCCUAAGAAUCAGGCAGUUAUGAAAACAUGACAAACAAUAACCCACUCAAGUUGACAUUUAUUUAUGUCAAAAUGUUUAAUGGUGCAUGAAUAUAACAUUCGUUUCUAUUUCCUGUUCUGGUAAUUCAAGAUAUAAUUUGGUUGAAAUGCACUAGAAAUUAACAAUUAAGGGGAGCUAACUCCGUAUUUUGCUAUCAUUCUAAUCAAAAGUUAUCUAGAGAUUUCUCGAUAACUAGAUACCCAAAAAUGAAAGACCUACACUUUUAAACUCAGGAUGAGGUUAACUUCAAAAUAGGAUGGUUAGGUCAGUGGGUUUUUUUCGGCCAUGUUUUGAUUUUUUUCAAAAAUGCCUGAUUCUUACAAAGACUGGCACUUAAUAUAAACAGGAGUACAUGCUAUGUAGGACAAUGCUAAAACCAUUAGAUUUCAUUUUAUGAUCAGAAAAGCCUUGUCAAUAAUAUUAAUAAUUUAUAAACUUGUUAGGUAAAAUGUACAUCAAAACUGUAUACAUGUCAAGCUGAUUCGCUUUUUAGUAGAACAUUUUACAAGUUACAUUAUUAUACCUCAAAUGGAAGAAAUGCUCACUUUCCAUUUUGUUGUUGUUAUUUAUAAUACAUAAUUCUGAUGAAGAAAUAUGAGCCAUUUAGUGUGUGAAGACAAUAGGCAUACAUUGUUUCACCUUUUUCCAGUAUGGGAAAGGUGUUUUAUCUAGUGGGUUGUUUUCUUAGUAAUGAAUGUUGUUAUUUGUGAAUUGUUGAGAAUAAAAAAUAUGCAAUAGUAAAAAUAUAAAAAAUCAACCAGA